AUGUCGCCCAAAGCACAAAGUGUUAUACAGUUUAUAGUAGAACGAUUUAAGGAUUUAAGCAGACAACGACGUUUUCCUUUAAAGCCACUAAUAGUAGGCAUCAGUGGAAUUCAAGGCUGUGGUAAAACAACAUUACUCUCCAACGUUGUCAGAAAACUCGAUCAAGACCACAAUUUGGCUGCUGUUUCGUUUUCAGCGGACGAUUUCUAUCAUACUUAUGAGAAACAAGUACAAAUAAAAUUAAACAAUUCACAGAAUCGUCUUCUUGAGAUGCGUGGACUACCAGGCACGCAUGAUGUAGCUUUCUGUAGGGACACGUUUGCAGCAUUAUGUAAAGCUCAGUACGAAUAUGCUACUCAUACUGGGGAAACAGAAACGAAAGCAAGUCCCGUACUUGUUCCAAAAUACGACAAGUCACGUUACAACGGGAAAGGAGAUCGCGUUCCUAAAGAUCAGUGGCAAAUGAUAUUACCACCCACUGAUAUUAUACUAUUUGAUGGGUGGUUUCUUGGGUUUAGGCAUAUGCCUGAUGAGGUUUUAAGCAGAAUAUACAAUGAUGCGUCACGCCGGCCCAAUGGAGAUAAAAAACCCUUAUUCUUGUCUCAUGCGUUAUCGCAUUUGUUAACAAUCAAUAACAAUUUGAAAGAAUACGAAGCAAGUUUAUAUCCAUUUAUUGACAUAUUCGUUCAUAUCGACACUAAAGACAUUGAGCUUGUUUAUAAAUGGCGUCUUGAGCAAGAACACAGAAUGAUUGCGGAAGGGAUGACCGGAAUGACGGAUAUAGAAGUAAAGGAAUUUGUGGAUCGAUAUAUGCCAGCAUAUGAGUUGUAUCUUCCAAAAUUACGAGAAACUAGUUUCUUUGAGCAAAAUGGUCACAAUUCUGAAGAUGUCUCUGGAAGACAUUUGAGGUUACUGAUUGAUGAAAACCGGGAUAAAAUUUCACAAGUAAUUUUAUGA